AUGUCUACCACCAUGCGCGUCACAUUGGCCGAUGAUCAUGCAGAAGGCCGCAGAUCGGAAGAUCCAGACCAGCUAGAUCAACAAGGCCAACCCGUGGUUACAGCGAACCAAGUAAGCAAGGGUAAGGUGAUCACACAAUCCAGGGCCACACAGACACCAUGGGUGGAGGAAGAGGAGGAAGAGGAGGAGGAGGAGAAAAAAGAGAAGAAGGAGGAGGAAAAGAAGGAGGAGAAGGAAGAAAAGAAGGAGGAGAAGAGAGACACUAUAUCAAUUAAUUCAUUGUCUAUAGAUAGCAACGAACCCGAUUUUUUCAAUGAUAGGAGUGACGGGAUAGAGAAGACGAUGGAGAAGACAGCCAUAGAGAGAACAGUUGAUAUGGAUGCUAUAUUUGAUAUUGAGCGCCCCCCAGAGAAUAAGGAAGAAGCCAGCAACAUUACUAUGCCGCCAUUAAGCCCCAUAGAGCAGGCGUGUUUAGAUUUUUGCAUCGAAUUAUUGAACCAGCGCAUCACCCAACAGGAGUACGACAGCGCAUUAGUGUGUGCCAUAGCCGUAUUAGGGGUUCAUAAGAACAGUUUCCGUACACCCAAGAAUUACCCGCCCAUUUUAUCGCGAGUGAUCAAGGUCGCGCGGUUCAUAGUAGUAAAGAAAGCCAUCGAAUUAAGUAACAAGCCUAAGGAGGAGGAUGCGGCCAAGUUACCCAGUUCUAUAGACCACACGGAUUGGGACAGCACAUAUGGUGGAUCACUGCUACCCAGUUCGCCAGGCCGCAAAGGAUGUUUGUAA